GCAGGGGUCUGGAGAGUGGGAGGAGGGAGAAAACCAAAGAAAGGACAGAAUGAGACUGGAGGGGCUGAGUGGGGGGAAAGGACCCAUCUAAAAAAGAGAGGGAUAGAGAGGGGAGAUAGAGGGAGGAACACAACCAGAGAGGCGAGAGAGAGAGAGGAGGAGGGAGCAAAGAGGGUUACCUCAUCUAGAGCUGCUAGUGCACACGGUGCCGGGAGAAGUUGUGGGAAAGUAAACAGCACAGGAGAAUUCCUAUCUGAUUUCAGCCACUUGCAGCCCUCGCAGGAGACCAUAAAGAUGACUGCACUGGACCUGACGGUGUGGUAAAAACUGAGAGUGUAUGGGAGGUUACCAGGAUUAAAGUGUCACCAGGGAGUGCCUGAAGCUUCUCGGGAGGACAUACUACUGCAGACAAGGAGGGAUUAUGUCUACUGCGAUGUCGCAACAGCAACCGCCAAAGGAGGAUGAAGAGGAGGAAGAUGAGGAGCAAGGGGAAAUGUUUUCCUUUGAUGACUGUGCGGAUGAGGAGAAGCUUCAGGAGGACAAUAAAGGGAUCACCUCUGACUCUGUUACAUCUGUCCAGCUGUCAAAAAAGGAGGACAGUGAGACAUCAAGCAGUGUCUCACAGACAGGCACAGACUGCAAACAACCUGUCAGAGCGGCGCCUCCUGCUGGACAGGAGGGCAAGGCCAAGGACGUAGCUUCUAGUGAAGAUGUUCCAGUGAACGAGUCACCCAGCGGGGCCUCAGCAGCAGCCGAGCCCAGUACCUCGGCUCCUCGUGUGGGAGAGGAGCUCCGGGUGCUUCCUGUGGCGCCGCCGGCUGCGGAGACGCUGACUGAUUCAGGAGACCACGGCAAAGAAAUCGUCAAGGAGGGCUCCGACUCCAGGGACAUCUCUGAAGCUUUGUGCGCGGAGGCUUCAGAGGUAAUCUACGACGAUGUUCCAAGUGAGGACCCCAUCUCUCCUGACGACGCAGAUAUGAUCUACGAAGACGUUCAGAGAGACGUCGGUCCUCUGGAUGCAGACAACGGAUGGAGCUCCAGUGAGUUUGAAAGCUAUGACGAACAGUCUGAUAACGAGACCAAACUGCCGGCACGGAGCAAGCUCUCUCCUGAAGUGCUUCGGCUGAGGGAUCGGUGCGCCAGGACCAAACGUGAACUGGCCAUGAGGCUGUCUGGCAAGCACAACUAUGACAUCAAGGUUCAGCAGCUCAUGAAGGCAGCGAGGAGCGGAACGAAGGAUGGGCUCGAAAAGACCAAGAUAGCCGUCAUGCGGAAAGUUUCCUUCCUGCAGAGAAAAGAUCAACAGGAAGAGGAGGAUGAUGCAGGAUACCUGGAUGUCGCUGUGUCAGAAAUGAAGCAUCCUCCACCACAGCUGAGCCCCAUGCCAGAGGGGCUGACCAACCACCAGGUUGUCAGACGCCAUAUCCUCGGCUCCAUCAUUCAGAGCGAGCGGAGCUACCUGGAAUCUCUCAGGAGAAUCUUGCAGGAAUACCAGAGACCGCUGAUGGAAGCUGAUCCACGCAUCUUGAGUCCAAGAAAGAUCCGGCCUAUAUUUUACCGAAUGAGGGAGAUCACACAGUGCCACUCCAUGUUUCAGAUUGCACUGGCGUCACGUGUGGCCGAGUGGGACAGCAGCGAGAAAAUCGGAGACUUAUUUGUCGCCUCGUUCUCCAAGUCCAUGGUGCUGGAUGUAUACAGCGAAUAUGUGAACAACUUCACCAACGCCAUGGCGCUCAUUAAAAAGGCGUGCAUCUCCAAACCAGCUUUUCUGGAAUUCUUAAAGAAGAAGCAGGCAUCCAGUGUUGACCGGAUCACUCUGUAUGGCCUGAUGGUUAAGCCCAUUCAACGAUUCCCUCAGUUCAUAUUGCUCCUGCAGGACAUGCUUAAGAACACACCGAAGGGCCACGUGGACCGUCUGCCCCUGCAGCUCGCUCUGACAGAGCUGGAGAUGCUGGCUGAGAAGCUGAAUGAACAGAAACGAGUAGCCGACCAGAUUGCAGAGACUCAACAACUAGCCCGCAGCGUCAGUGAUCGCCUGCUCAGUAAGCAACUGAACUCGGAGCAGGGGUCACUGGUCCUUUGUGAGACGCUUAUUGAGACCGUGUACGGCGAGCGGGGACAGGUCCUGAAGUCGAAGGAGAGGAAGGUCUUCCUCUUUGAUGAUGUGCUCAUCUGUUCCAACAUAAAUGUCAAGGGGCCUCCGGAUAUCAGCAGCCUGGUCCCUGUUGGCCCCAAGUACACCAUGAAGUGGAGCGCCCCCUUGCAGCAGGUGCAAGUAGUCGAGGUGGGGCAGGAGGGCUCUCAAAGCAAAGACACCUUCUUCCAACAGAGCGGCGCCAGGCGACCAAGCGGUGCCUGCACUUCAGGUAAAGCCAUCCUCGGCCCUCCGCGACUCUACCAGGAGCUUCAGGAACUGCAACAUGACCUUUCUGUCGUGGAGGAGGUCACUCUCCUUGUGGGCACGCUGCAGGGGAUGUACCAGAACCUGAACACCACCGUGGCCCAGGACUGGUGUCUGGCUCUACAGAGGCUUAUUCGCAUCAAAGAGGAACAGAUCCAGAGUGCUAACAAAUGUCGCUUACGCCUGCAGGUGCCCGGCAGGCCAGACAAGUCAGGGCGUCCUGUCAGCUUCAUGGUGGUCCUCAACACACCCAACCCCCUGAGUAAGAUCUCUUGGGUCAACCGUCUGCACUUGGCCAAGAUCGCACAACGAGAGGAGAAUUCACCCGGCUGGUUAUGCGGAGAGGACGAGGGGAAGACGAUGGCCCCGUUUUGGUGUCCCCUGCUUGCCUGUCACAUGCCUGUCUUUGCUACAAAGUCACCAGAGAGAAAGCUUGAAGCUGCCCUCCACAAUCCUGUUCACUGUGCAUUGUUGGGCUUCUCUGCAGUGAGCACCUCCUUACCUCAAGGCUACUUCUGGGUGGCUGGUGGAGAAGGCUCGCAUGGGCAGAUAGAGAUAUUUUCACUCAACAGGCCAAUGCCAAGGACUGUUAAGAGCCUGCAAGUAGGCUCUGCUGUCCGAUGUCUGGAAUAUGUGCCAGAACCUUCUCCGGCUGAGGAAGUGGAGGCUGGAGUUCACAAGGCCCCCUCGGGGAUCAGCGCCAACAUUUGUGUUGGAUUAGACGAUGGGCGCGUACUGGUCUACGGCAGUGUGGACACUGCAGCACAGUGCCUGUUGACCCUCAGUAACCCAGAGGGCUGCCCCGUGCUGUGCCUGAAGCACUCCUCCCGCUUCCUGUUUGCAGGCCUGCGGAACGGGAACAUGAUGGUUUAUGGAAGAAGUGACAACGAUGAUUUUUGGGACCCAGACUCAUCCAGAUGUGUGAGACUGGGCUCAGAACCGGUUCGGACAAUGUUGGUGUUAGAUGACUCGGUGUGGGCAAGCUGCGGGAACUCCAUCACAGUCAUGGACAUCUCCAGCCUCAACACUCAGACGUUUGAAGUCCACCCAGACCCAAUGAUCAACGUCGCGCACAUGGCCUGCGCCGGUGGAGGGGUGUGGAUGGCGUUCUCCGAGGGCUCCUCCAUUCGUCUCUUUCAUACUGAAACACUGGAGCUUCUGCAGGAAAUCAACAUCUCGACACGCUCGAAGCUGCUGAACACUGGUCAAAAGAGCAUGCGGGUCACGAGUCUGCUAAUUUGCCAGGGGCUGUUAUGGGUUGGCACUGCCCAAGGCUUAAUUAUCACUCUUCCAGUUCCCAAACUGGAGGGCAUCCCCAAAAUAACAGGAAAGGGAAUGAUCUCUCUAAAUGCCCACUGUGGGCCCGUUGACUUCCUGGUAGCCACCGCCAGCCCUCUGCCUCCCGAACUGCUGAAGAGGGACUCCGUCGGGGAUGGCCCGGACUCUGCCUUUGGAGGCGAGGACCGCAGCGACACCUCCUCUCAGGAAUCCCUGCAACAGUCCUACCAGGGAGACGGGAGAGGCAAAGGACGCGGCGUCCUGCUGCAGUACAAGCUGCGCUCUACGUCGGGGCUGCCCGGACGGCCGUUGACGGCGCUGGGCGACGAGGCGUCGGACUCCUCCCUGGAGUCUCUGGAGCACAGCGUAGAAGAUGGAUCUAUCUACGAGCUCAGCGAUGACCCAGAAAUGUGGGUUAGGGGACGUCCUUGCGAGAGGGAAGGGGGACGCAGGGACAGGGUGAUCUCUGCGGCGGUUAUCUCUGGAGGCAAGGGCUUCCGUAGGCUGAAGGAAGGAGCAGCAGCAGGUACUAGGACAAGCGGGGAGGGUUUAGAGAAUAUGCUUAUGGUAUGGCAGCUCCCGCUGACAGUGUGAUAUGGAAAAUAUAUGGCGAGGCGAUAGAUGUCUAUCCAGCUUAGCCUUGAAUCAACCGUUCUGUAAAUUCAAUGGAUUUGAAUAAAUAUGUAUGAUGGGAAGGCGUUGCCACCGUUACGGUGUUUGACAUGCUAUGAUUUGGAAUAAGGAUACUAAGACAUGUUGUUUACGAGAGGUACUUUCAGCUCAUAGGAUGCUUUGAAUGUUCAGGAUUGUGCGUCAUCAUCUUCCCAGCAGUGGCAGAGGCCGCCACAGAUUAGUUCCAUUUGAUCCGGUUCCUCUUCCCGCCUUCGUUAAGAUUGACAAUUCCUCAAUUUAACCUCAUCAUCGCCCGCGUGCUCUCUGCCACGUUUGUUUUAUGCGAAGGACUUCUGUGUGAGCACCCGUGGACAGCUCGCCUUUGAGAGGCAGCCUUUGUUGAAUCUGCCAUGCUCUGCAGAGUUAGCGACGGACAUCUUUUAUCUGAUCCUGUGGGAGAGAUCCCAUCUGUUUGGAGCUGAAAGCUGGGGACUUCCACCGCAUCACAAAGCACAUUAGCAUCACUUUAUUAGCUUCGCCAACCUCUCUCUUAUCCCAUACAAUGUGAAUGUACGAUACCUUCUAUUGUGUCUCUCGAAAUUGAAUCUGUGCUCUCUUUAAAGAAAAGGAUUUAAUUUGUCCUGUUUUGUUGCAGCUGUUGCAGAAAUGAUUUAAAGAAAAUGAGUUGCUUCCAAGAGCUCACCAUGCCUGUAUUGAGGAGGGGUCACGGUCGCACAGACUGGCUGCAAAACAACUGAUUUUGGAAAACAAAAGUUAGACAAGUCAGAGAUGUUAUUGUUCUACAUUACAGAAUCAAUAUUUGCACUGUAGAAAUCCUGUAAUUACUGCAGACUUAUUUGAGGAAAAGGAACUUCUUGGUGCCACAUUUCCGCGUAUUAUCUAGCCCAAGCAUUAUAAAUGCCAGAUAUCUGUUUCAUUAUUCACUGUCAUCCAUCAGCUAGAUGAAACAAAUGCGCACACAGGGUUGUUACACAGCCCACAUUAGCUGGAAACCCCAGUUACACAUCAAAAGCAAAACUCUAUAAACGAAUGAUGAAAUAAAAAGGAUGCAGCCAUCCAGACUGCUAUCAGCUAUGUGUGAACCCACCUAAGAGAGACACCAAUGAGCAUGUUUACAUGCGUAAAGAUGGUGUUUUACAAUACAUAGCAUUGGUCUGUAUUAACAUUAACAGGCACUGAUGUAUAUUAUCUCUGAUAUUAGCCAGGACACUAAGUCAUGUAAACCCACUUCUUUUCAUGCUAAUAUUUGGUAAAUAUUUGGAGUUUUAAUGCAAACAUUAAUAUUUUAUGAUCAAGAUAUCAUGUAAACAAGUUGUCAUGCCUGUUGGGUGGAAACUUCACAUCUCCAUUUGUGGUGAUUAUCGUGUUUUCAGAUCAGUUGUAAGAUUACAUGGUCUUUUUUUUUUAACCUGAUAGGCUUACGGAACCAAUUUAAACACUUUUAAUGAUAUAAAAAUUAGGGCUGUCAAUCGAUUCAAAUAUUUAAUCACAAUUAAUUGCACAUUUUUUAUCUGUUCAAAAUGUACCUUAAAGGGAGAUUUGUCAAGUAUUUGAUAAUCUUAUCAACA